GCGGUGGGGGCGGGGCGGACGCCGGCCGGCCGGCGGCUCAGUCGCGCCGCGCCGCACAGCCGCCUCGCACGCCGAGCCAGCGUGCCCUGACAGCGCACGCGCACGCGAUACUCCCCACCCCUCACGGCACGUGCAGUGAACCCCAUGCUACACGCCUGAACCACCAUGCAAGAACAAACUUCAUCCAGAUCGAACAAGACCACGCUCAACUCGUUAGAAAGCGCCAUCAUCAAACUGAAGAACAAUUUGCAGAUACAAGACACCAAGACGGACGUGAACGGCUUGUUAGUGGAUCCACCGAGCCCGCACGCGGACAAAAACAACGCAAGUAAGAGCUCUACAUCUCCCCCGACAAGCAUAAACAUGUCGAUAGCGUCCGCCGCCCUCUUACAAGAGAACAUGCUGCAGAGAUCGUUACAAGGCGUUGUUAUGUCGCUUCAAAACGCUAUGAUGAAUUCGUUACAACAAGCGGCGCUUUUGCCGUCCAACUCGGCCGCCGCCGCCGCUUUGAAUCUUCAAGCGCUGGAAUCAUAUUUAACGUUGCAGCGCUUGACGUCUGUGUCGUCUGUAAACAACACGAGUCAACCCAAUACAUCUGAAAAUAGUUCAUCAUCUAAACAAGAUAUUUUAAGGAUAGCGACGGCAAGUGCAAAGAUAAGUGAAAUUGACGCGGCCGAUACAACUUCGAAAGAUUUCUCACCGAAAACGCCUGAAGAAUAUCCGUUAUCCGAUGCAAUAGCCGCUGAUGAUGUCGAUUUAUCCGAGGAAGUUGAGGAAGACCUUGCAUUAUUGGACAACGAGGAUGAUUUCACGUUAGAGCAGCAUUUGGAAUCAACGUCAAAGGGAUACGGCUAUAGUUCACCACAAAGUCUAGAUAAUGGAUAUCCGAGUCUUCUAAUGAAUGCGAUGUACCAACAACAGAUGAAUGGAAGUCCAUCACAAGCGCCUUUAUCUCCGCAAGCAUCUAACUCGUCUAAAUCCACGAACAGUUCGACGUCGUCAAGUAGCAGUAUAUCUAGUAAACAGAAGACGAGCAGCAGUGGUCCGAGGACAAAGAAACAAUUUAUUUGCAAGUUUUGUAAUCGCCAGUUCACGAAGUCGUACAAUCUUCUCAUACACGAACGAACCCACACGGACGAGCGGCCUUAUUCGUGCGACAUUUGCGGGAAAGCUUUCCGACGGCAAGAUCACCUUAGAGAUCACAGGUACAUACAUUCGAAAGAGAAACCGUUUAAAUGUUUGGAAUGUGGCAAAGGAUUCUGUCAGUCAAGAACAUUGGCAGUCCACAAAAUACUACAUAUGGAAGAAUCUCCCCACAAAUGUCCUGUCUGCAGUAGAAGUUUCAACCAAAGGUCAAAUCUCAAGACCCACCUACUCACACAUACAGACAUCAAGCCGUAUAACUGUUCCUCAUGCGGAAAGGUUUUUAGAAGAAACUGCGACCUUAGAAGGCACAGUCUGACACAUAACUUAGUCGGAAUAUCUUCAGUCAACACCUCACCCAGUGGAAGUAAUGGGAAGAGUCCGUUACUAAAUCCAAACUUUCCUAUCGAUAAUCUAGAUACAGAAGAUGAAAAUUAGCAAGAUAGUGCUGUUAAUAGUAUGAAAAGACUGAUUUUAACUCCUAUAAGACGGUGCCUUUUAGUUUAAGAUAAAUUGUUUUGUGGUUUAUGUGGAGUGACGAUUCUCUUUAAGCAAAGCUGUAUCUCAAUUGUUUAAAGCCUCCGUUUUAAUGAAAUGGACUGUAAUCCCACCACUGUUGGUGCAAUUUGGGUUGGUGAUUCACCAUUGCCAUGUUUGUUGGUCGGCAAAAUGCAUCACAGAUCGAUGUUGACUUGAUAUCCUAAAACUUAUAGUUGGUAUCUGUUAUACCCCAAGUGAGGAAUUUCAGUACGAUUUGCCAGAUCAUGCCAAAAAGGCAAAUUAUGAAAUGAGUGUAUAAAUAAAUUUGCCAUAUAGAAUAUAGACCACUCUUCGUUCAGACGACGAAAUUAUAUUUGUAAAUGAUUUGAAAUUUGAUAUAAAACUUACGAGAUUGUUAGAUUCAAUUAGUAUUAUUAUGUUUAAUGUUUCUUUUAAUUCUUGUAAAUUUUCUGAUCUCAUUUUUGUGUUUGUAUAUAAAUAUAAAUUAAUACUCUAAGUCAGCGAUAUACUCCGUCCAGUGUCGUGUAUAGAUGUUGUAUAACUGAUGGGAACUGAAAUUUCUACUUUCAGAGAUCGUUUGUUGGGGAUGCAGAAUUGUAUUAUCCAAGAUCUUGUUUAGAUGUUAGAAAUAUUAAUUAAAUCAUUGGAUCUGAA